AUGAACUACGUCGAUAAGAAGCUGACGAAUGAAAUAACACUCCCGUUCGAAGGUCUGGAGAUCUGGUUGCAUGACGAAGGACAAUCUCGGGAAGACUUCGUGCCGGUCCGUUGUUGGGUUGACCAUGAAACUCGAGCACUUGGAUACUGGCCACCUCCCUCGCACAGAGCAGAACAAUCAUCCAGAGGAUAUGCGGAAGAUCGUGAGAUAAUUCCAAGGGCACGCGAAACUUACGAACUGAGACGAAUCACAGGACUUGACAAUGAGUAUAGGUACUGGGCGUUUAUGGAGUCGCAUCCUGCCCAUACUCCCCUGCCUGUUAAUGCAUAUGCGGAGGCUAUGGACAAGUUGACUUGGUCAUAUACCGAACGUUUGCUAAAGUCGAAUCGACGAGCACCUCCACCAUUUACUCAGCAUGAGUGCCAGGAGCUCAUUGGCAUUCUUCGAAACACAUCAGGCUCUGAAUCCACAGUCCAGGCCUCUAUCCAAACGCGAGUCGUAGCUCGCAUUCUUCGGCGCAUUGUGCAAUGGAAACAACACUUCUUCAGGCCAGAAAAGCCUCUGCCUCGCGGUGUCGACAGUAUCUCCCGUAAUCAGCGUAGCGGACCAAAUCGCAAGACAUUUGCUGACUUCAUCGCAGUGUGGUUGUGCCUCGGGAUUCCCUAUCUGUACGCGAGUAGACAUGCGUAUCGUUUCGACGAAGAGGGAGGAUUAUUGCGUUCUGCUGGCCCCAUGCUUGUCGUGGGUGCCACCGUAUGCAUAGCCGCGAUGAUUCUAGUCGCAUCGCUCACGUUCCUCGCUCUACCCGGACUCGAUCACGUCUCGAGGACGGCCGGGUUCAUCGCGAUCAUCGCUUCGUUCGCGAGCCUCGGAGCGUCCGUGAUCGCCGCCCUGAGGAACAAUGUAGAGGUACAGCGAAUGGCGGCGCGAGGUGGUGAAGGUCUAGUCGUUACAAUGUCGACUCUGACGGGAAACAGCAUUCUGCCCUCUUUACCAGCUGUUUUCCUGGCUUGGUCAAUUCUUUCACUCAUUACCGGUAUCGUUUUAUAUGCAUUUCGAGGCUCGGUCGCGAUUGACACCGUGCACUGGACGAGAAUUGCAUCAUACACGCGAUGGACCACCAUUGGUGUCCUCGGAUUUUGUGGAGGCGUGUUGAUCACGUCCGCGAUUUUUGCACGACGAUAA